GAACGUUGACACCUGUUUGCAUCACCCUAUCUAGCAGCAAAUCAAGCUUGACAGGCCAUUGCUUGAUCACCAUACAGGAGCCAAUCGGGCCUAAGCGUUUGAAACGUGCUGAGUGAACUGAGCAUUGCGAGCGGGCAGCCUAGCCGUAUGAAGCUUAAUUGUAACAAUAUGCCCCUAAACAUAAAACCCUAAACACAACAAGGGCAAAAAGCGUAACGCCAAUGUGUUAGGUGCCUUUGGCGUUUGACAUCCAUAAGCGAAAGAAGAAACCGCGUGUUAAAGGAAAAGGGAAAUCGGCGCUUUAUUACCCGGCAUUGAAGUGCCUGCAUAAAAGAAAGUGUGUGAUUGGUGUUGCCUUUAUACUGUCGUGUGAAACAGCAUUCACCAUCAUCAUCAUCACCACAUCCUACAAACAAUCCUCUCAAGAUGGCUUGGAUCGAUCAAAAGAACUUACCUGAAGGCUAUUGGGGAUCAAUCACCAGUAGUUUAGUAUGGUGUGAAGAAAAGUACUACUGGUCAAAGUAUAUUGCCGAACCAGUCAAUACAUUGACAAACUUUUACAUCAUCGGUCUUUCAGCCUUGGGUGCAAUUCAUACAAUCAGGCUUAACAUGCCUUUACGAUUUGUAUUGUGCUACUUGGGUGGUGCAAUGAUUGGUAUAGGUUCUUUUGCCUUUCAUGCGACGUUGAAAUAUGAAGCGCAAAUGUUAGAUGAACUACCAAUGAUUUAUACAAUGGCAAUUUACCUAUACUGUGUUACAGAGACGUCUCCUGGCUACUCAAAAUCAAAGUAUGGGCUCGCAUUACCCCUUGGCCUUACGGCCUUGGUUGCCUUUGUCACAGUCACAUACGUUUACUACAACAAUCCAGUCUUUCAUCAAAUCUCUUAUGCGAUCAUGCAAGUAUGGGGAACAAUUCAAGUUGUUAGCCUGCUAAAUAGCAAACAAGCAAAAUUGACGAAACAACAAAGAAGUGAAAUCUCUCAUCAGCUAUUUGUUGGUUCAGCAAUCUUUGUUAUGGCUUUCGUCAUUUGGAAUAUUGAUAACAUCUGUUGUGGUUGGUUACGUGGCUUAAGACAAAAAGUUGGUUACCCCGCCGCUUUGCUUCUUGAAGGUCAUGGUUGGUGGCACUUGGGAACAGGUUUGGGAUCUUAUAUGGUCAUCGCCGCUUCUCAACGUUUGGUAAUGUCAGUCAAAGAAGGCUCUGCUGAUAACUUUGCAUUCAGCUAUAGACUCGGCAUUCAUCCAUUCGUCGAAAGACUUAAACCUUUCAAGCAAAAUGGUUCAUCUGUCAUAAAUGGCAAAGAUCAAAAGGUACAAUAAUAGAACAUACAGGCUUUUCCUUCUUACUGUAUGCUAAAUGACUUAAAUGAUACGAAUGAUACCAUGUUUAUUAAUGCGGCGCAAUAUUGGACAGCCCCAUCGAGAUUAAAAACACCGCUUUUAGAAGGAGUAAAAUAAAAGAUGUCAUUAUAGAAUAAUAGAAUUGGGGAAACAGACGUCUCGCGAUACAUAGAGAUAACUCAAACGGGAUUACCUUGUGCAUUGAAAGCGACAACAUUUGUAAGGGCAACACCUUCGCCUUUACCUUUAUACUUUGGUAAUUUGGCAGCAAUCUUGUUUGCUUGAUCACAAGAUUUGAUGUUUCGAUUGCAAACUUGAGCCACUUCAGGACCAACGAUACGUUCACCUCCUCGUUUACGUCCACAGCGUAAGUUGCCUUCGUAAUCUGGUCCUUGAGCCGGAUCAGUGGUUCCAUUGAGUAAUUUACCGGGAAGACCCUGUAUGAGAAAGGAAGAUAGAUGAG